GUCGGGGAAUCUGUGAAAAUUGUGCAAAUAAUAAUUAAAAACUAGCUCAAAGAUGAAGUUCCGCGCCCUGAUGCAGGAUCCGCUGUAUAUGCGAGAACUCCAGAAUAUAAUCGCAACCCUGGCAAAAUUAGCCAAGGAUUGUAUCAUGAUACUGGGAGCACAGCAAAUGCACUUCAUUGUGAACGAGGACCAGAGCUCCACGUCAUCACCGCUGGUGUGGGUGAGCAUUGCGGCCAGGGACUACUUUCCCGAGUACAAGAUGGAGGCCGCCCGCGCGGAUCAGGAAUAUAUUGUGCUGACCAUGUCCUCGGCGAAUCUGGGCCGAGCUCUGUCCGUCCUUCGUGGCGGAGGCGUCAACAGCUGCAAGCUGAAGCUGCAGAGGAUUCAGUUUCCCUGCAUAUCGGUGAUCGCCUCGGUGCUGUCCACCUCCUCGACGGAGGCUCGCGAGGUAGUCCACGACGUGCCCGUCACCAUAAUCCCCGCCAGCGACUGGCCCACCUAUGUGGUGCCCCGCGUGCCGGCCUCCCAGCUGGCCCUGAGCCUGCCUUCGCUCCGCCUGCUGCGGAGCCUGAUCGACAAGCUAAAGAAUGUGUCGCCCAGCCUAGAGUUCCAGGCCAGCUAUGACGGGGAGCUGAAUGUGGUGGCCACCUCCGAGAUGUCCACGGUCACCAGUCGCUUCAGGCGCCUCCUUCCGCGCUUCCUGUCGGCGGAUGAGGAGCGGGAGGCCUCCUGCUCGGUGGAUUCGCGCAAAGCCUCCGCCUUCUUUGGGGCCCUGCAGUUGGCCAACGAGGAGCUGACCAUCGGCAUCGAUCGGGAGCACUCGAUUCACCUGCAGAUCGAUGUGCGUGAGGAUGUGGUGCUGCACUCCAUUCUGCCCGCUGUUUGUGCAUAGAAUUGCAUUGCCAGUGAGCCACAAAGGCCAUAAUAAUUUAGUUUAGUUAGUCGAUAGUUGCCGAAUAAAUAUACUCCCCUUUUUGUGUUAUCGAUAA